UUCUGUGAUCCCAGAUAUGCUUCCACUGCAGUGUCCGGAUAGAUAUCAGAGGAUAAACCCACCGCCACAGGCCCCGAGGGUCGAGACGUAACAAACUCCGCGUCUCCAGGGACUACACUGCUGUGUCCCCCUGAUAAAUACCGGUACCGUGACAGCCAGGCAACCGGCCCAGCGAAACGUCCCACAGCAAAGCAGACAUGUCGAAGGAGGAAGCGGAGCAGAACCAGCCUUCUAUCGAGAAGGGGGUUCCCGCUUACGAUAACCAGCACGAGAUCGGUUUCGUGAAGGAAUACACCCCCGCCAAAGAUGGUAUUGAGCUUCACCCGAAACCCACCGCUGAUCCCCUGGACCCUUUGAACUUUCCGAGAUGGCAAAAGUGGACCGCCCUGGGUGUCGUCAUGUGGAUGUGAUUUUGUCCUUCUUCCGUCCUUGCUGUGUCGUGCAUUAUCUGACUUUGCAGGUACUUUUUGUUCACAUACAUCACCACCACCACUGUGCCAUCCUUCCCGCUCUUGCAGGAGCAAUACUCCAUCACGUACUCCCAAGUAAACUGGACCGUCGCUCUCCCUGCUUUGGGCCUUUCCGUGGGCCCGCUCAUCUGGUCGUCCUUGUCGGAUAUCUAUGGGCGUCGCAUCAUCUUGAUCACCGGCACCACGAUCGCCCUGGUGGCUACUAUCGGCUCUGCUGUUGCAAAGAAGUACAGCAGUUACAUGGCUGCCAGAUUCUUCCAGGGCCUCGGCGUUGCGCCGGCUUCAACUGUCGGAAUGGCCGUGGUGAACGAUCUCUUCUUCGAGCACGAGCGUGGGCAAAAGCUCGGCUUGUGGGUUCUGGCAAUAGACAUGGGAUUACUGGUCGGUCCUUUGAGUAUGCCGAAGUCAAUCCCUUGAGCCGUCCAAAAGCUAACCCUCGCAGUCGGCGGAUUCGUCAGUCUGGUGGACCAAUAUUGGGUAGCUUGGCUUACGGCCAUCCUUUUUGCUGUCUUGCUGGUUGCGGAGCUUUUGUUCUUUCCGGAAACCCUCUAUCCGAGGAGGCUCAUGCUUUCCCAGCUACCAACAUCCCCUAAGCCCCACCCUAAUAGCGAGAAGACUGUAACCGUGCCCGCUUCGGGUGACAUUGCCAGAACCAGACAAUUACCAUUUUUGAAUAUAUGGAUGGUUCCGGGGAUCGAGCAUCCAAAGCCGUGGGAUACCUUGGUGCGAUUUAUCAAGAUGUGGACAUUCCCGAACGUAGUGGUUGCCGUAAUGGUCUACUGUUUCUCAUGGUCAGUCUCGUCUCUGAACAAUUGGACGAUCCCUAACAGAUAAAAGGUACUGGUGGAUAAUGUCCGUGAUAACCUACCUCCCGCUUGCGUACCCAAACUACAGACCCCAGAUACAAGGCCUCCUGUAUGGCGGUAUGAUCUUGGGGACACUCUUCUCUGAGAUAUUAUGCUCAGGGACGCUGGGGGAUUGGAUCAUUAUUAAACUUGCAAAGAAUAAUAAUAAUGUGAGGGUAGCUGAAAUGAGAUUGUGGCUUUUAUACCCUGCUGUUGUCAUCACUUCCGGUAAGCUUAACGGGUCCCGGGAUUGUCGACCGCUGACCAUAGAAAGUCGGAUUGAUAGUAUGGGGAAUCAGUGUGGAUAAGGGCUACCACUGGAUGGUUGGUCAGGUAGCCCUCUUCCUGGGUAAAACACGCCAUCCCCAAUUGCGCCGGUCGUUACUAACGAAGAUAUAGUGGCUGCGGGAAUCCAGAUGGGCAAUACCGCGGUCUGUGCCUAUGUAGUAGAUUGCUACCCACUCCACGCGAUGUCGGUGAUAAGUUUCUAUGUCGUCCUGCUAAAUCUGUCGGCAUUUGCGAAUCCGUUCUACAUAGCGCCAUGGUGCGACACUGUUGGAUUCACAUGGACAUUUGCUACGCAAGGCAUUAUCACGGCCUUUGUAGCAAUUCCAGCGACGUGCGCAUUGCAUGUGUUUGGUAAGGGAUGGAGAGAAUGGAGGGGCGCUCCCGAGUGGAUUUCGCCGGAGUAUGCAUAGGAAUUAUGCUUCUAGUUCUGUGGGUUUUUAGUAUACCGUUAUAGCGCUUUUCCUCUUAAUGAAUUCAUAUCAUACCUCUCUCG